GAAACGCACUUUCUCGUGCAGCAUGAAAGCCCAUGCCCAAGCGGCAAGCAGAGUCUGAUGCUCCAGAUGGAGGUGAAAACGGUGAGAACGUCAAUGCUGGAGCUACAGAGAGCCCAGCACAAUCGGGCACUGAAGGGAAGAUAGCAACUCCUGCUUCAUCUCAGCCAACAAAACGAGGCCGAGUCUCUCAAGCUGCUACUGCCCCGGAGCAUGUCACCUACAAAAUACAAGGUGGAUUAAGACAUGUGGAGCCAUACGAUUUCGACUUCACAACGCAUGUGAAGCAGCGAUGGGUCGGCAGAACUCUGCUUGAGGUUUGCGCGUGCGAAUUUGUUGCGUUUCCUCGGGACUAUUACGAGGCCUCCAUUGCAGCUGGUCGUGUGACCGUGGAUGGACAGCCAGUGAAGUCGGAGCAUGUGCUGAGGGAUGGGCAACUCAUUGUUCAUCGUGCUGUCCGAUGCAGGGAAAAUCCGGUCUUGGACAGGGGGCCCAUACAGGUGGUGGAAGAGACGCAGGAACUGCUUGUGGUGAACAAGCCUAGCUCCUUGCCAAUACACCCAUGCGGAAGCUAUCGCUUCAACUCUCUCAUUGCGAUCCUCCGCAACCAAGAGACCGUCGAGGCAACUGCGACAUUGCACACAACCCACCGUUUGGAUCGCCUCACUAGCGGGCUGGUUCUCCUGGCUAAAACCAAAGAGGCUGCCAGAAGAGUUGGCGCCUGGUUUGCUGCGAACCAGAUCCGGAAGACUUACCUGGCUCGAGUCAAAGGCUGCUUCAAGAAGCUCUUGGAUCCAGACUCAGGUGAUCUCCCAGGAGUCACUCGACUCAACGGGCGACUGCGGGUUGAGGGCUAUAUCCGCUGCAUCGACCGCAAGGUCGGAAAGUACACCUUCUCCGCCGAGGCGGUCGGGGAUGACGCCAAGGAUGCAGCCACUGAGUUUGAGUUUGUGGCCAUGGCCACUGAGAACGAAUCUGUGGUCCGUUGUUUUCCAGCCACAGGACGAACUCAUCAGAUCAGAGUCCACCUCCUCCACUUGGGAUUUCCCAUCGCAAAUGACAGUUGCUAUGGGGGUGAGCUGCGCCAGGAUUGCACCCUGCCGCUGAUUCCUCACGUUCGACAAGAGGCCCAUCUGGAUAAAGGUCAGUCUGCGGAACCAGAGGAAGCGGCCACGAUGCAUCCCAGUGGCUUGGUCAUCGAAUGAGAGAUGAACGAAACAGCCUCCGAGGCUUAGCGGAUCUUAGCGGCUAAACCUGAAUUAGCUGCCUUCAGCAUUGCUGAGCCCAGCCGCUGGCCGAGGUGGCAUCUUUCUUCAUGCCCUGACCUAUGCUCUGCCGGACGGCAGCUCUUUCACGUCCAAGGCUCCGACCUGGGCCUUGGUGAGUAGCGUUGAAUCGCUGGUGUCACCCUCGUAGUUUCAGUAGACGACAGCAUAGACAUCUUGGAGAAAA